AUGGAGAAACAGAUCCCAACAUACGAUAAGGACCUCGAGGUCUUGCCGGAGCUUGCGAGUCAGAGCCACAAUGGUGAAAGCAUCGAAGUUGAUAAAGCGGAACAGGCUCGAAUCCUCAGAAAGGUGGAUUUGUAUCUCUUGCCGAUCAUCACAUUGCUUUACUUGAUGUCUUUUCUGGAUCGAUCCAGUAUUGGAAAUGCGAAGAUCAGCGGUUUGUCUGCGGACCUGGGCCUGAAGCCGGUUCAGUAUAAUAUUGCGCUCUCGAUCUUUUUUAUGAGCUAUGUAUCAUUCGAAUGUCUGUACUUUACACGGGAUUGUUCAGAAUUUUGGAGGAUUGGUCGCAGUGAGAAUCUUUUUGGGAGUCUUGGAAGCUGGUACCCUCGUCAUGCCCUCGUUUUCCGCUUUUGCCUCUUCUUUAGCGCGGCCACCUUAGCUGGUGCUUUUGGCGGACUGCUAGCUAGAGGGCUUGUCGAACUUGAUGGGACUGGAGGCCUAGAAGGGUGGAGAUGGAUCUUUAUCGUCGAAGGCCUUAUCACUGUAGUUGUUGCAGUCUGCGCCUACUUCUGGAUCCAGGACUCACCGGAAUCUGCAAGCUUUCUAUCAGUGGCCGAUAAGAAAGUCCUUGCUUCGAUUCUGGCACGUGACAUGAGUGGUGAAAGCCAGGAGUUCUCAUGGCCCGAAACUCGGGCUGCCUUUGGAGAAUGGAAGGUAUGGACAAGUGGUAUUAUAUGUGUCGGUAUCGCAUUGCCGACCUUCUCCUUCGCGCUGUUCAUACCGACCAUCAUAAACGGCCUUGGGUACACUGCUACAAGGUCGCAACUUAUGACCGUACCCCCAUAUGUCGUAGCAUUUUUCUUCACAAUAAGUGUGGGAUGGUUGUCGGAUAGGCUGAAAGUCCGCGGUAUCCCAUUGCUUAUAUUUACUGCCGUCGGUAUCGUUGGAUAUACCAUCCAGAUCUCUGUAGACCAUCAGAAGCUCAAUGUAAAGUACUUCGCAACCUUCCUUUCCGCAAUCGGUAUAUUCACCACCUCCGGCCUCAAUAUCCCGUGGCUGAGUAAUAAUCUUCGGGGACACUCAAGGAGAGCCACGGGUAGUGCGAUUCAGGUGUCGAUAGGCCAGCUGGGUGGGGUUGCUGCAGCUUAUAUCUAUCGCCAGCAGGAUUCACCAGAUUAUGUGAUGGGUCAUAGUUUGGCGUUAGGGUCCUUGGUAUUGGCAUUCGUGACUACUGCGCUGCAGUCGUGGUGGAUGAAGAAAGAGAAUGAUGCUCUGGAUCGGAAAGCUAGAGAGGAGGGUGUUGAUGAUGGAUUUAGAUUCACACUUUAG